AUGGACAGGGCCGCAACCAAGCGUGCUGCGUGUGAUCCCUGUCGCAGAAGAAAGGUGAAAUGCGACAGGAACAUUCCAUGCUCCAAUUGCCAGGCGACACAGCAGACUUGCGUCACAACGGGGUUUGGCCAGAGCCACUCGGGGGCUCGCCAGCGUGUUCUCAUAUCCGCACAGUACGAGGAGAAAAUCGACAGUAUCCAGCAGCGACUGGACGGCAUCGAGCAUCUGUUGCGCGAGCUCCUCGAGAACUCGAACAAACCUGCCACAGAUCCGCCAAGCUGCUCAAUAACACCGGCACACACAGUCGCACCGGCACUUGAUGCAGAAGCUGUACUACCAGCGAGGUCCACCCUGGCUGCGCAGACUCUCGAUGUAGGUGCAAUGGUCGAAAACACCGUCAAGCAAACCCCCUCGGUUCGAGCAGAUCCCGAUGUCGACGCCGCGCUCUCAGCACUCCAUCGGAUGGUGCAAAUGCACCACCAAAAGCCAGUGGCCAGUGAACUAAAAUUCCCAGACCAAGAGACCCUCCCGGAAGCGUCCAUUCUGAGCCUCCCACUGGUCCCUUUAAACGUUGCACUGCCAUUACUCCGGCGGGCCAAGGAGCACCCCUCUCCUGCAUUUGCUGCAACCUUCAACUUCAUGACCCUAGAGCGCUUCACCGAAUACUGCCGCGCUGUCUACUUUGCUACAGAGCCUUUCACUUUGUCAUCCUUUGCAAUCGUCAAUGGAGGGCUAUACUAUAUGCUUACCGAGAGGGCAUGCUUCGACAAGAGCCAGGAUGUCAGGGACGAGUACACCGAGUACCGGAAUCUGUGCGCUGGCAAUUUGCGCACGGCGAUAAAUAGCCUGGGCCUCCUCGUUUCAACAUGCGAUGAGAGCAUCGAGGCGUUGCUCGUUGGUGUAAGUUACGCCAUAGAGAUUUCACGGCCCUCCUUAGCAUGGCGCAUGUCUAGCACGGCAGCACAAAUAUGCCAGGAGCUUGGAUAUCACUCCCUGUACCCAAAACGAACCGAGAGAGACGGCCACAAGAUCAAUCACGAGCUCCUCGGCGCCCUCUACAUCCUAGACAAAGGCCUUGCAUUGCGGCUUGGGAGACCAUCUGCCUUGCCAGACCAAGAUAUCGUCGGCACAUCAAGCGACACGGUUGUCGAUAUGGGUGAUCUAUGGCAAGCUAUCAAACACAUAUGGGUCCAACACGCACAAAUUCAGGGCAGGAUAUAUGACCAAUUGUACAGUCGCCAAGCGCUUCUAGCAACACCAGCUGAGAGGGUCCGAUCUGCGGUGAAUCUUGCUGAGGCAACGCAGCGGUCUUUGCGACAGCUUAUGGCACUAGCAGAAAGACCAGAAAAUGCAGUUCAUGGUUCAACCAACGAGGACUUUGGAAGUGGCACGGGGAGACGUACUCUCAUUCUUGCCGAGGUGGUGUGUCAUCUGUCGACAUUGACUCUCAUUUACCGGUCCAUACGUGAGUCACCCAGGUCUUCAAGUGUUGAUGCGCCACCGAGCUCGGAAUAUAUCGAAACCGCGCGGGCAGCCUUUCGUUAUCACGAAGAGUUGAUGGUUCUAUUUAAAGGAAGGUUGGAGACGCAGGCCUAUUACAUCCACUGGACCCUACUCUUCACCCCUUUCACCCCUCUCCUGAUUGUUUUCUGCCACGUCUUCGAAUCUUUAGACCCCGAUGAUCUUCACAUGCUUCAAAACUUCACCGCCUCCCUCGAACCCGUUCGCCACAUGUCGGAGUCGAUUGACCAGCUUCAUUCCAUUACUACAACCUUGUACAAUGUCGCAUCAUCUUAUCUACGAGCGAGAACCAAAGCCACCGAGGGGCCAGAAGCUCAGAUGCUUGAUGACAGCUUUACUGGCUACCUCAACCAGCUGGGUCUAUUACCAGUCCCCGACGAACACUACCUGUCCGACGCUCGACUAAUCAGUGAGCCUUCUCAGACCAUGGGCGCCGAGAACUGGUUUUCUGCCAACCUGAAUUUGUUUGGGCUGUUGGAGGGAGACUUUGCUGUGGACUAG